AAAUCUGGCAUCACUCAUAAAAUUCAGCUACUCCACUAAACGCUGCUGUAUUAUUUUCAUACGUGCAAAAGAUAUUAUUACUAUUUGAAAAAGUCAAAGGAAUUUUCGCAAUUCGUUUCUUCUGAACGCCAAUAACAAUCAGGAAAUAAUAAACAAUGUCAUUGGUCUGUGCAAUUACAAAUGAAGUGCCAGACACACCCGUAAUCUCACCACAUUCUGGUGCAAUAUUCGAAAAGCGCAUCAUUGAGAAAUAUAUACUGGAAAAUGGUUGUGACCCAAUCACCGGUAAAGAGCUGAAGGUUGAAGACUUGAUUGAAGUAAAAACACCGCCAAUAGUAAAACCGAAGCCUCCAAGUGCUACCAGUAUCCCAGCCACAUUGAAGACAAUGCAAGAUGAGUGGGACGCAUUAAUGUUGCACUCAUUUACACAACGCCAACAACUGCAGACAGCGCGGCAAGAGUUAUCGCAUGCCUUGUAUCAACAUGAUGCGGCAUGUCGUGUAAUAUCGCGUUUAAAUAAAGAAGUGGCUGCAGCACGUGAAGCCUUGGCGACACUCAAACCGCAAGCCGGUAUUGGCGCCUCUACUGCACCUACGUCAAUACCUCAACCAGCAAUUGCUGCUGAAGCUGCCGGCAAUGCCACACAUCCGAUUGAACAGACUGGCAUGAGUGCCGAAGUUAUACAAAAGCUUCAAGACAAAGCUACUGUACUAACACAGGAACGUAAGAAGCGUGGCCGAACUGUGCCCGAGGAGUUAGUUACACAGGAGCAAAUUAAAUCAUUCAUGACUGUGGCUUCACAUCCUGGCUUACAUUCGGCCUCCAUACCAGGCAUUUUAGCGUUGGAUAUUAAUAGUGCUGAUCAUAGUAAAAUUUUGACUGGUGGAAAUGAUAAAAAUGCAACAGUAUUUAAUAAAGAUACGGAACAAGUUGUAGCUAUACUGAAAGGACACACUAAGAAGAUAACCAAAGUGAUCUAUCAUCCGGAUGAGGAUACCGUAAUUACAGGUUCGCCUGAUAUGUCUAUACGUAUUUGGCAUGUCCCUACAUCACAAACGCAGUUGCUUUUACGUUGUCAUGAUGGACCUGUUACGGGUUUGUCACUGCAUCCCACGGGCGAUUACAUAUUAUCUACAUCAUCGGACAAACAUUGGGCUUUUUCAGAUAUACGCACUGGACGUUUAUUGACAAAGGUAAUUGACACCGCCGAGGUCGGUUUAACAACAGCACAAUUCCAUCCUGAUGGUUUAAUUUUCGGCACCGGGACUGAUGAUUCACAAGUGAAGAUUUGGGAUUUGAAAGAACAAAGUAAUGUAGCCAAUUUCCCUGGACAUACUGGUCCAAUAUCAGCAAUUAGUUUUUCGGAAAAUGGUUAUUACUUGGCCACUGCGGCGGAUGAUGCAUGCGUAAAAUUGUGGGAUUUGCGCAAAUUAAAGAACUUUAAGACAAUACAAUUAGAUGAUGGAUACGAAGUCAAAGACCUGUGCUUUGACCAGAGUGGUACCUAUUUGGCCAUAGCGGGUACUGAUGUGAGGAUUCAUCUAUGUAAACAAUGGCAGGAUUUGAAAGUCUUCAACGACCACACGGCUUUAGCCACGGGUGUGCGAUUCGGCAAACAUGCACAAUAUUUGGCCUCGACAAGCAUGGAUCGUACACUAAAACUUUAUGCCAUUGAAUAAAACUAAUUUAAUUUAAUUUUGUAGCUAUGACUCAAAUUCAACCUAAUUACUAACAAUAUAAAGUUUUUAAAACAAUAGCAAAAAAUUCAA